UUAUGCUGGCAUAGAAAAGCAAUGUACAGUAUAUGUUUGUUUGGCCAUCGUUUAAAUUAUAUUGUUCAAUUAAAAUGACACUUAUACUUUUAAUGGUUACAGGUGACUAAGACUAGUGAGUUAGAAAGGAAUCUCACUGCUGAAUUAAAAUCUAAGGGACAGCAACAGCAUUUGAUCAGUGAGUUAAACAGAAGACUUACUAACGAAACGAAAGCCAAGCAAGAACUGGCACAGCAGUUUGAUACUUUAUCAGCUAAUUACGAAAAAUUACUGGCAGCAUAUCAUGAGGAACAAGCAAUGGUUACUAAACUAGAGGAUAAAAUAGAAAAAAUGAAGGAAGCUAAUGUGGUACUGAGAAGCAAAAUUCCGCAGCAAGUAAAUACUACUGAUCCUCAUGGUAUCAGAGAACCUCAACACCCACAUUAUCCUUUACCUUCCAAUAUUGCUGUACGUCCAAACUCCACUCCUGCACCAGUUCCUGAACCAGUGGUACAGAGUGAUGGUGAUAGCAUGUUAGUAGUAUCAAAGACUGAGGGAGUCACUCCUGCUCACCAUACUGAUAGUGAUAGUGUUCCUGAUGAUAGUCCUGCUUUUAUGUCUAAAGAAGAAAUGGCUAGGAUGUUUAAACCAUAUAAUCAACAAGGCAGCAGUGAUUGGAGUCAGUCACUUCAACAGGUUGAAGAUUCAUCAUUAGCAGCGCAAAAGGUGCAACCAACAGAAGAAUCAUUAGUUGCUGAACAACACAGACAAGAAUUAGCAAGGAAAGUUGAUGAUGCAUUGCUUGAAGUUGAUCGUAUGAGAAGACAAGCAGAACACCAACAAACCAACAAUGAUUCCAACACACAAGAUCAAUCAAGAACAAAGGGUCAGUUAACAAGAGAAGAGGCUGAAAAAGGUAGAAGGCCAAACACAUUUCAAGACACUGCAUCAAAAGAAAAACCAGUUCACCCACAACCAAAGGCCAACGAUAAUCAAGGAAAGCAGCAACGGAAGACUGAUGAUGAUUCAGACUCUGACAUUGAAGAGAAUAAACUGAUUGAUAAUAUUGAUGAAGAGAUACAACAAAUGGCUGAAGAUGUACGUAAGGGAAGCAGAGGCCCAAGUACAGCUGAGGUUCUGUUUGAUGAUGGUAAUAGUUCGUUACCUUACGACCCGAAUCUAGUCUGCCCAAAGUGCGGAAAACAGUAUCGUGUGGGAGAGAUCCAGAAAUUGAGGAGACAUAUAAAUGAAUUCUGCACAGGAAUAAGAUAGAUGAUUAAUGGCUGUACAUUUGGUUUUUGAUUUAUUUGCAAACACACACUUACACAGAAUUGUAUUUACACUAAUUUUUGGUUAAAAUUUUGAUUAUUUUCAA